AUGGCAACCACAACAUCAAAGAAUCACCCCCUCCUACUCGCAAGCGCCCUUGCCCAUGCCGCGCUAGCUCUGGGCCACACCACCAAAGGUCUCGAUCAAUUCAAACACCCGUCCAUAACAUCCUUGCCCAUUGCCCUCCGCGGCGCCGUCAAAGCAGGCUGGUACGAAGGAAGUGGGUUCUUCAUCAUCAUGGGUAUUCUUAAUUACAAGUGGUCGCAGACAGGAAUUUACGACAUCUACGACAAGGGCAUUGCUGGCGUCCUCGUCAGUCUGCUUGCGGCCGCAAGUGCUGCGUACUAUAGAAGCGGCGACAAACCGACCGCGGCCACUUUGGCGGUGGUGACGAUUCUGCAGGGGUUGGGAGUUAAAAAUGGUAUCGUGGCUUGA